GACCCUUGCAUUGCUACAAACUAAACACAAGGAAGGAGUCCCCUAAAGCAGACAUCAUUUCUUGCUACAUUGUUCAACACCGGUCAAUUUAGAAGGACAAGGCCUGUGUCCAACUCUCCCUUAUUUUAUUCUCACAUCACUACCUUGCUUAUGCUUGUUGCCCUUCCCUCUACCUUCUUCAUAUCAUUGUUGCCCUCCUUCCUACCUUUUCCUUCCCCUUUCCUGCUCCUACCUGCACAUACUAUUCUGACGCUCGAUGAGAUCCAGCCAUGGCGGAAUAGAGAGAGACUGAUCGAUGGUAGCUUAGUACAAGAUGGUAGCUAGAGAAGAGCAGGUGGUAAGAGAGGUCAAGGGUAAGGGGGUACUAGUUGAUAUCCUUGAGGACGACGAUGAGGAGAGAUCAAUCGAUAACAACAAGCUGCUAGACCUCAACGAGGGUUUCGAUGCGGAGAGCGAAGAAGGGGAAGUCGGCGAUGAUGAGGAAGACGAAGGUGAGGAGGGCGACGAUGGCGGUAGCACCACCGAUGUUGGUGGGAGUGGGAGCUCAAGCAACAAUAGCAGCACCAACAACAAUUCGGAGAGCAAGAAGGCAGAUGGCAAGGGAGGCAGCAAGUCAGAGGUAAGUGGUGAGCAGAGGGUUCCAUCGGUGCGGCAGUACAACCGGUCGAAGCUGCCCCGGCUCCGGUGGACGCCUGACCUCCACAUGGCCUUCGUCCAUGCCGUUGAGAGGCUUGGUGGGCAAGAGAGAGCGACCCCUAAGCUGGUGCUUCAGAUGAUGAAUGUUAGGGGCCUCAGCAUUGCUCAUGUAAAAAGCCAUCUGCAGAUGUACAGAAGCAAGAAGCUAGACCAAGAUGGUCGCCCGAGGGGAGCUGUUUCCUCAGUGUAUUCCCCAAUGGAUUUCCAUUUUAUGAGAGCCGAUCGGCGCUUCCAUGACCUGUCCUUCUUCCAAAGAGCUGCUGCGCUCUCCUCCUCCAGGCAGCUGGAACGCGGCGGCUUCUUCGCGAGGAACUGCAGCGCUCCGGAGUUGAGCCGGCUCUAUGGACUCCUCCACCAUCGCCCGGCUCCGACCCAAACUUUCGACUUCAGAAAUUCUAGUUUCAGAAAGCAUGAGUGGGCGUCGUCGAAUCAGCAGGAGGCGAUCACAAUGUCCAGGAAGCACGUCACGCCACCGUCGACUUCGCCGCAGACACACCCGCUUGCAUCUCCCGUAGCGCUGAGGAGCGAUCGGCGGUGGUGGCCAUUCACUGACGCCGGCGCUGCUGCUGCUGCUGCUGCUGCUGUCGCCGCCGACGAGCACAGGGAAGAGACAGGAACCAAUGUAAAGUUCGACAGUUGCAUCGGGAGCAGUUCUCGGCCACUUCCGUUGGCCAUGUCGCCGGCGGCCGUGUCCGGAGAUCAUCGUCUUCCGUUCCGAUGGCGGCACGGGGGAAGUGGUAGAGAUUUCGUCUUCGGCUACCCGGGUAGCAGCUCCAAGAUCACAACAAGAUCGUCUGAUCCCGUCGUCAUCGACGAUGGCCAGCCACUCGAGCCACAGAAUUCGAAGCACGUCGUAGAACCAACAAGGGCCUCCGCCGCUCCGCCGGACGAGGCGUCCUUCAUCAGGCGGCGGCCAUCGCCGGUGGAGGCCCAAGAUGCGACGCCGGACUUACAACUCAGCUUGUCCCCUUCCUCCUCCGUGUUGGCCAGCAAGAAGAGAAAGACAAUAUCGUCGUCUUCCAUGGACACCACCACCAGCUGCGAGUUCUCGAUCUCUCUCUCGCUGUCGCCACCCGCCGCUGCAGUUUCCAUGCAGCAGCAGCAGAGGCAAGAAAAGACAAGACGAAGCAGCGACAGCAGCGGGGGCGGAGGUGAAGGCGUUCUUGGGCAGAGUACUUUGGAUCUGACCAUGUCGAUCAGGGCAUUGGAGUGAGAUCUUUCAAGUACUUUGGCCCAUCAGCAAGGCCUUCCAAAACUUGCACACUGCGCCAUGCAACAAACAUCGUUAAUUUAACCUCCUUGUCCCAGUACAUAGAUAUAUCAUAUGUGGAUGCCAUGCUUGGUUAUUGUUUCUAGGAAGACCACUGCUGCCUGUGCUCUCUAUAUUUGGCCCUUAUGUAAGCAUGGCCACAUGAUCGAUCGCUACCUUUGUUCUUUUGUGACAGCAUCUUUGGGAAACAAAACCCCAGCAAGACUACACAACAAUUUUAAUCAAUCGAUACGUAGUACAAGUUGUUGUUA